UUUCUUUAUAAUAUUAAUUUUAUUGUAAGUACGAGUAUUACUGUUUUGAUUUAACAAUAUUUGGUAUGGAUCAUUAUAGCAAAAAGUGAAUAUUAUACUGUUCAUUAAGACGUGCACUUACCUACUAAAAUUCAUAAUCAAAAUUUAUGUCUUAAGCUCAGUUCAUCUAAAUUAAAUUAAAUUAACCCAGGACACGAAAUCAUGAAUCGAAAAAAAGUCACUCGUCAUAAUAUACUUCAGGCUUUGUACGAUCGGGAAAUAAACGGCAUUAAGACACGCAUGAAUUGUAUCAAAUCUACUUACCAAGUCAUAAAUCCCAAUUGUACAAUUUUAAACGUUGAGAAACCUCCUUGUUUUCUAAGAAGAUUCACUCCUGAUGGUCGCCACCUUUUAGCUUUUUCUCAAGACAAAUUGUACAUUGAGGUGUAUGCUUAUUUAGGAUGUUCAAUGGCGGCUAAGUUGCUAAAGAACUAUGAAGAAAAUUGUAUUGGUCAAGACAACAAUGAUGAUGUUGCUCGCAAGAGAAUAUUUGAAAGUCUUUUUCAACUGAAACAUCGAAUAUUAGUAACAGUGGAAGGAGAACAAUUUAAAAGAAAAUUCUGUCUAUUCACAGAAAAUAGUUCCCAUGUUGUUUUGGGUUCUGUAGGCCCUUAUCGUCGUUCAAUAAAUAUGAGUGAAUAUGAUGAUGUUUUCACUAGUAAUGAAGCAAUGACUCCUAAUCGAUUAUUUCCCUUAGCAAAUUAUACUCUACAUUUUAUUAACAUAAAAAAAGGGACUGUUAGUCAACACUUACACUUCAAGCACGAUAAAAUAUAUUUAUCUCAUAACAACGGUGUUUACCUGUUAAAAGAUAUACUUACAAUUUUAUCUGUUCAACAUCAAACAAUUCAUGUUUACAAACUUAUCCAAAACCGUUUCCAUCUGUUAAGAAAAAUUGGUCGAUUUUGUUUUGAAAAUGAUCUUGCGGUCAUUUCAUCUGUGCACACAGAUAUAAUUGCAGAAGAUUAUAUACCUAGUAAAGAAACUAUUACCAAUGGAUUAAAAAACAAGCUAAUGAUGUUUUUGUAUAAAAGAGCUGAACGUAGAUCAGAGAUAGCUAGAACACAAUACCCUCUGAUGAGAUUUUAUGAAUAUUACGAUGAAAUUGUGACAUUACGAAUCUGGAAAAUGGAGUUAUUAGAUGUAGACAAUAUGAUCAUCAGAUAUGCAUCAAAAGACGUGGUCGCUGGUAAGAUUCUGGAACCAAGUAGACAAGGAUUAUCAUAUUUUAUGAUUUACAAUAUGACUACAGCUACGGUUUUAAAUGUUUUUAAUAGUACAUAUAGUGAUUUUAUACGUGGAUAUGAAUAUUAUUAUAAUAAUUUUCGUAAUCCCUAUUUGAACCCAGAUGGAUUUAUGCCGCGUUCACCAUCAAAUAAUAUAUAUUCACGGGAUUGGCUAAAUGCUAGAUUAAGUGGCAUAUUGGUAGCAAAAAACCAAAGGUUGCGAGUAUUACCAAUAGCAACACAAUCAAUUUCCUGCUCUCCAUAUUUGGAUACGUCCCUUUAUUGUUACAAUAAAAAUUGCGUGUCAACAACAGAAAGACCUCAAUUAGUUGGCGAAAAUCCAAUAAGGUUCAAUUCAAGGGAAUCAGGAACGCCAAGCUUUGAUCUGUAUACUAGUGUAUCAAAAAAUAGACCAACGAGAAGAAUGGUAGAAUUUAUAUUCCAUCCUACAGAUCCUUUUGCUAUUAGCGUACAGUUGGGAAAUUUAGAUGUUAAUUUUCAUAUACGAAAGGUGUACUUGCCUGAGUAAUGGGAUUUGAAAAUUUUAACUAAUCAACAACACUUUGAUUGUCGUUUGGAUCGUGUAAUAUAACAUUUUAUAAGCAG